AUGAGGCUUGCUUCAUUCUUCUCCCUUGUCCUCCUCAGCGAGGCAGUCGGCCGUGUCUCAGGCAACAGCUGUCUGGACCGGAUCUCCGCGAACACGAUGGCGGUGUUCAGCGGCGCGCCGUUCGCGCUGGCUCCCCGGUACGACAACGGGUCGGCCUGCGCCGGCUACUGCGACGGCCUGGCGGAGUGCCACGCGUGGUUGUACAGCGCACGAGGCGGCGACUGCCAGCUCUACAAGAAGACCGCCCUUUCCACGUUCCCGUCCCAGCAUUUCAUGUAUGGUGUCUGCGGUAGUAAUGAUAAUAAUAGCCGUCGCCUGCCGUUGGCGACGGCUGCUUCUGUCACUGCCAGCUCAGCCGUUGUCGGGGUGGUUGGGUCGCCUACGAGCUCUGAUACCGGUGUUCCCACGCCGGCGGCGUUUUCAGUGGCGAGUGGUAUCAGCAAUGGUAAUGCUUUGAGUAAUUAG